GUCCUCUUCAAUUAGACAUAUUGAGUUGAUAUCUUUGGGAUAGCUACUGAUAAUGAUCUUGUGGGAUAUACUUACUUGGAGCCACAUAGUUUUCAGACUCUAGAUUCAGGAUAACAACAAUCACCAUCACCUACAACAUGAAGUUGGUACUAUCACCCAAAUUCUUGGCAAUUGGCUUCAUGUUAAUUUGUGCAUCUCAAGUCAUUUUUAGUAUGGAAGAUGUUUUUGUCACACUUGCUCCUGGUGAAGAAUAUGAUGGUAUUACCUGGAUUUCUCCACCAGGAGGAAAAGGUGGAACAUUGUCCAAUCCCAGGGGCCAAAAAAUAGAAAUACAACCAGUAAAAAAUCAUAUCCCUCCUUUGAAGACUACUGAAACACAACAGUACAUCCCGCGCAACUUCAUACAUCCUAAAGAUAGGGGUAUUUUUUUCAGGAUUGAGACAACUGGUGAUCAACAAUAAGAUUGAAAAAAACAAGUAUCCACACCCAUUUUUCUCACUUCAAUUGUUGUUCUAUGUUUAUGUAUUGGAGGCUCAAUCAUUGGAGAGCUAGAAAUCAAACCAUUUCACUCUUUUUGUCUAUGAAUUUUCUCUCAAAUACAUGCAUAAACUUGAGAAUUUGUGCAAUACGUGUGUUUGUUCUAUGAAAUGGAAGAGUCUUGUUUUUACUCUUGAAAAUAUAUAUGAUGU